AUGGUGACCAAGAUGAUGGCAAAAGAAAAGGAAGCAGAAAAAGACACGACCCUGGUUCAAUCAGAAAAAAAUAACCCAUUUAUCGAGUGGCUAGCGGCUUUGAUAGGCUCACCGACAACGCCUCCUCCGGCCAACCUAACAGCUCCCGACUCAUGUCCUACAUGCAAAUGCGGCCGGACGAACAGUCUUAUGCGCAUCGUCGGCGGCCAGGAAACGAUGGUCAAUCAGUACCCCUGGAUGGCGAUGCUGCAGUACGGGGGCACGUUCUACUGCGGGGGUUCGCUGAUCAGCGACCGACACGUCCUGACGGCGGCCCAUUGCGUGCACGGGUUCAACGCGAACAAAAUCAGCGUCGUGCUGAUGGAGCACGAUCGCCUCUCGACGUCCGAAUCGAUGACGGUCUCAUCGAAGGUACUGCGCGUCAUCGAACAUGCCGGCUACAACUCGAACAACUACAAUAGCGACAUCGCCAUCCUCCGACUCGACACCGUGAUGUCCAUCGACGACAACCUGCGUCCCGUGUGCCUGCCAACGCCAAAGAAGCCUUUCACCGGCAGCGACGGUAUUGUGACGGGCUGGGGCGCCACGUCGGAGAACGGGGCCAUCUCGACGAACUUGCAGGAGGUCACGGUGCCCAUCAUGUCCAACGCCGACUGCCGUAAGACGGGCUACGGACCGACGCGCAUCACCGACAACAUGCUGUGCGCCGGCUACGCGGAGGGCAAGAAGGACUCGUGCCAGGGGGACAGUGGCGGGCCGCUGCACGUGAUGAAGGAGGGCAGCGCGGACAACAUCCAUCAGCUCGCCGGCAUCGUGUCGUGGGGGGAGGGUUGCGCCAAGCCCAACUAUCCGGGCGUGUACACGAGGGUCAACCGGUUCGGUACGUGGAUACGGUCCAACACCGUCGACGGGUGCUACUGCAGCGAGGAGUAG